AUGUUUCAGCGUCUCAAAGGCGCCAUAGACUCGCGCAUCGCCGAGGAGCAGGCCCGCCAGCGUCAGGCUGCGCAACAGAGUCAGGGCCAGCAUCCCGCUCGCUCGAGCUCCCUUCGCCGCUCCAACUCGAAUGCGCUGUCCCCCGCAGGCCGCCGCCCACGCACUCCCGACCUAAGCGGCGACAAGCCGCCGGUCAGAGGCCCCGAUCCCGCCGAGUUCGACCCCGAUGUCGUCGUAGGCGAAGACGAGCUCAGUCGCAGCACCACUCCGCGCCCGCCAAACGACAAGGACGAUUCCGCUCAGCAGCAAUCCACUGAGAAUGGCGAUGCAGCCAAGGGAGACAAGGAGGGCGCAGAAGCGGCAAGGGAUGCCAAGUCUGCUGCCUCGACUGCCUCGAAUGAGCUGCCCACAGAGGUGCGCGUAAGGCUACGUGGAGAGCCUGACCAGGUCGCAGAACUGCUACGCUCAUACCGCAUCGCCCACGCCCGUGUCACCGCUAUUGAGCCCUUCGAAGCUUCCUUGAGAGAACACACUCCUCUAACCUCGAUCAACGACUCCGGUGCCCUGGUCGAGUACCUGCAACAGCUUCAGCUGAAGGGAGAUAUGGUCAUGGAAGAGCUCAAGCGCGUAUCGGGCGAACGUGAUUCUCUGCAGAAGAAGUUGGGCGAGGCAGAAAAACGUGCGACUGAGGCGCAGGAAGAGGCGGAGAAGCUACGCGCGGCCCGGGACUCGGCAGACAAAUCCGCAACGGACACCGAUACCGGAGAGAAGGACACCAAGCAGACGAACGGGAACAAGGAUGUAGUUGAGGAGUCGGAAGAGUUCUUCUCCUAUGACAGUGAGCUCCCGCGCGUUCAGAAAGAGCUUCAAGAGAGGGAAGAACAGGUCGCCAAACUCGAAGAAGAGAACAAGACUCUCAAGAACGACUUGACUUCGGCCAAAGAGUCCGCUGAGCAGCUGGUCAAGGAUUUGGAGGCCUCUACGCGGGACCUGCAAGCGAUCAAGGAUACCAAGAAUCGGGCCGAGAAGGACGCUGCAGAGCAGGCGAAGAAGCUCCAAGCGACUGCCGACGAGUUGAAUGAAAAGUUAGCGAAGGCUCAGAAGGAUCUCGAAAGUCAAGCGAAAGCCCGGGGUGAACAGGACAAUGUGAACAAGGACCUGCAGUCCAAGAUCGACGAGGUCAACAAGGAGCUUGAGGAUUCGCGCAAGUCCAAGUCCAACGAUUCCGCUGCUGAUGAAGAGAAGAAACGUCUCGAGAGCGAACUGCAGCAACUUAAGGCCGAAAUGUCCGAACUUCGUUCCACGCAGUCCAAGGCCGAGCAGCGCGGCGAGACUCUGAACGGACUUGUCCAGACACUGAAGGGCCAGCUGAAGGAUGCCGAAAACGAAAAAGGCCGUCUUCAAAAAGAGAUCGAAACCAGCACGGCGAAGUCUCAGCAAGAGCCUGAAAAGCCCGCCCAGGAGCCGGAGAAACCUGCUGCUGUAGAAACGACCACAACUACCGGGGCAGCAAAGAAGAAGAAUAACAAGAAGAAGAAGAAGGGCGGCAAAGGUGGGGCGGCUGGCGCAGCCACCAGUGCCACACCGGAGAGGGCCAGUACGCCUGCACCAUCAGAGACGGCCACUUUGGUCCCCGAAAAGGAGAACGAAGACUGGGAAGCGCCCAUGCGGGCACAACUGGAUGAACUCAAGACUACCUUGGAGCAAAGAGAUGCCACUAUCGAUCGCCUUGUCAGCAAGAUCAAGGAUCAGGAGGCUCUGCAGGAGGAACUUGAUGAUUUGAGACAUGAGCUCGUGGAAGUUGGCGGAGAUCAUGUCGAAGCAAAGGACAAGAUCAAGGAACUCACGGCAGAGAAGACAGCCUUGCAAGGAAGCAUCGAGAAGUUGGAAAAGGAGAUCGCCGAGCUGCGCACUAAACAAGCCACGAGCGCGGAAUCAGAAAAGGAACGUCAAAGUUUGGCGACUGAUUUUGCGGAGCUCAAGGCUAAGGCGGACUCAUUGGAGACGGACCUGGAGGCAGCCAACCAGUUGGCUGCUCAACGAUUUAAGGAUCUUACGGAACUAAGGGAGGUGCUGCAGAAAGCGCAGCCUGAGCUCGCUUCCCUACGGAAAGAGGUUGCCGAGCUGAAGACCGUCAAGGAUGAGGCAACGAGCAAAGCCGCUGAAGUACGGAAACUCGAGGCUAGAGAACGGGACCUGCGGGCCGAGAUUGCCACCUUCAAGUCGCAGGUCUCUGCAAAGGAUGUCGAGAUCAGGUCGCUCAACGACAAGCUGAAGCAAGAGACCAGUAAGAACAUCGCAUUAGAUCAAACGUGUAGCAAGGCCCAGCGGGACCUCGAGAGAUCCGAAGGCGAACGCUCCGAAGCAGUCGAAACGCGUGAUCGACUUCAGAAGGACCUCGAAAAAGCUCGAGAGGAACUGAAGAUGGCCCGGGGAAACAUCAGGGGCUUGGAGCAGCAGGCUGAGAAACUCAACCGGGACGCAUCAACGCUCAGGGACGAGAUCGAGCUGAAGAGCGCACAAUAUGCCAGCGCACAAAGCCUGAUGAACAGCAUGCAAGACCAGACUCAGGAGAUGGGCACGCAGAUGAAGGAGGUGCGAGAGAAAUGCGAGAGUCUCGAGGAAGAGCUCGCAGAUGCGCACAGACUCCUGAGCGAACGCGGUCGCGAGGGUGAAACGAUGAGGAGGCUCCUUGCUGACGUGGAGAGUCGAGCGGAGGCGCGCGUGAAGGAGAUGCGGGAACGCAUGGACCUUGCCAUCGAGGAGAGAGAUCGUGCGGAGGACCAAGCAAACACCAUCGGACGACGUCGGGCGAGAGAGUUGGAGGACCUGAAGCAAAAGGUCAGGGAUGCUGAGCGGACUCUGAGUCGUGUCCAAGAAGAGAAAGAACAGCAAUCGACAGCCGAGAAAGAAUUGCGCAGACAGAAGGAGGACCUAGAGCGCAAGGCAGCCCAGGCUACGGAGGAGGUCGCGGAGGUUAGGUCAGCCAUGAACCAGCUCCGUGAUGCCUUGGAUGAGGGCGAGAAGCAGACCCGUGAACUGGAAAGGGAGAAGGGCGAGUUGCGCCGCUCUCUGGAGGAGACGCAGUCGAAACUGGAGAAACUGCAGAAAUCAAGCAAGUCGUUGGCAGACGAGCUUCGAGGGCUGCAAUCCAAGACGAAGUCUCCUACACAGUCCGGGAUGCAAUCUUCACGGUCAUCUAUGGAAUCAGGACGUGGGCGGGUUGCGUCCCCUCCGCUGUCCAAAGGCAGAUCGCCAUCUAUUGCUACGGAAGUCGGGCAGGGGGCAGGUAACAACAUGGACGUCGUGUACCUGAAGAACGUGCUGCUGCAGUUUCUGGAGCAGAAGGACAAGAAGCACCAGAUGCAGCUCGUGCCGGUGCUGGGGAUGCUGCUGCACUUCGACAAGAAGGACGAGCAGAAGUGGAUGUCUGCGAUCACCACGCGAUGA